CGGCUGCCGAAUUUUUAUCUUUGCCGAAUUGUAGAAAGAAAUGUCGGUAUCAUCGUCCACGCAGGGAAAACAAGUUAAAUUCUACCCUUCCAGCUCAGCCAGCUCCGAUAGUAAAGCAUAGCCAAUCAAUGCGCAAUAAAAGAUUCGGUGGCUCACCAGUAUAUAUAUUUUUUUAAGUAUAAAACAGGAAUGUAAUAAAAGCAGAACCAACAAUGAAAGCGUAAAAUUUUGAUUCCCGUAUGCUGCUUACAUUUCACGUUGAGGUACACGAGUUCCUGUACGAAGAUAAAUGUGCAAUCAGUAAAACUGCCAUUCAGACGGUGCAACACGCGGCGUGUUCAUUUAACCUUUGUUAAAUUUCUAUUUUGACCAAAAGUGAAGAAAAAUUAAUUUCUGUGUUCAAUACAUGAAGGGACGAUAUUUUCCACAUUGUGCAAUAUUGUUUGAGUUGCUUUGCACUGUGUACUGAAGGUUUCUCCAUUAAAGUAGAUGAUUAUUUAACGUGACACAUCCUUCCCUAAAGAAAUUCAAACAACAUGAGCGGAAAAGUGACUGUGGCACAUAAUGGAUUAGCCUGCAAUAGUGAUAUCGCGAAGAAAAUUGGCAGCAACUCAAAGAUGUCUAGCAACGAACAGCCAUUGAAAAAAUUAUCGUCAGUAAUUUUAUCUUCAGCAUCAAUUACUAAAUCACCUACGUCGUCAUCGUCAUCUUCGUCAACAUCAUCGCAUUUAUCGUGCACAGCCGAUAGUGGCAUUGGUAGUCUCAUUGAUGAUCGUCCAGACUUGACCGAGCAACUUUAUAUCGAUCCAAAUCUAUAUGUAGAUAUUGGCAAUGGGGACUACUGUUGCCCGGCAUCACCCACCACAGUGCCUGGUCGCGUUGUCUCAUCGAAUUCGUUGGAGUCGCCCGCACGUACCACCACACCAACACGUCCGGCACGUCGACAACGCACCACAUCGGUGAACAGUCAAUCGACCACCGCUAAUCCAGCCGAAUGUAUCAUACGCUCCAAUAAUCGCACAAUAUAUACAGCUGGGCGUCCACCAUGGUAUAAUUGCGCCGGCCAGCAAGUGGAACCAUUUGUUAUUGGCGUUUGCGGUGGCAGCGCAUCGGGCAAAACUACAGUUGCACAAAAAAUUAUCGAGAGUCUUAGUGUACCAUGGGUAACACUGCUCUCCAUGGACUGUUUUUAUAAGAUAUUAACUGAGAAACAGCACGAACAGGCGUUAUUGAACGAAUAUAAUUUCGAUCACCCAGACGCUUUUGAUAUAGACUUAUUGGUGGAGGUGUUGACAAAGCUAAAAGAAGGACGCAUGGUGGAAGUGCCCAUCUAUAAUUUUGUAACACAUUCACGCGAAUCAAAGACUAAAACUAUGUAUGGCGCAAAUGUCAUAAUAUUUGAGGGUAUUUUAGCAUUUCACAGCACGGAAGUACUUAAACUUUUAGAUAUGAAGGUGUUUGUUGACACCGAUGCAGAUAUACGUUUGGCAAGGCGUCUCAAAAGGGACAUUUCACAACGUGGUCGCGAUCUCAGUGGUGUACUUAAGCAGUAUUUGACCAUGGUGAAGCCUUCAUAUGCCAAUUAUAUCGCCCCCACAAUGGCACAUGCCGAUAUCAUUGUCCCACGCGGUGGCGAAAAUAAAGUAGCCAUACAUCUAAUUGUACAACACGUACAUACUCAGCUGCAACUGCGUGGCUUUAAAUUACGUGAAACCUUAGUUAAUUCCUAUAAGGAUCAACCUAUGCCCGACUCGCUACACCUACUGCCACCGACACCACAAAUUAAAGGGCUGCACACUUUUAUACGCUGUCGCGGUACUUCCAGGGACGAAUUCAUAUUCUAUUCAAAACGUCUCAUACGUUUGGUCAUCGAAUAUGCAUUGAGUCUUUUUCCAUUCAAAACAACAACAGUCGAAACACCACAAGGGGUGCUCUAUGAAGGUAAGCGCAUGGGUUCUCGAAAAAUAUGUGGCGUAUCCAUUUUGCGUGCCGGUGAAACUAUGGAGCAGGCAAUUUGUGAUGUUUGCAAAGACAUACGCAUCGGCAAGAUUCUUAUACAAACCAAUCAAAAUACUGGCGAGCCCGAGUUAUACUAUUUGAGAUUUCCGAAGGACAUUAAAGAUUAUAAAGUAAUACUAAUGGACGCCACAGUGGCUACUGGUGCUGCUGCUAUGAUGGCUUUGCGUAUUUUGCUGGAUCAUGAUGUGCCGGAAGAGAAUAUAAUAUUGGCUUCUUUGCUGAUGGCUGAAAUUGGAGUGCAUUCAAUUGCGUAUGCCUUCCCUAAAGUGAGGAUUGUGACGUCAGCACUAGAUCCCGAGGUGAAUGAUAAAUUUUACGUGAUACCCGGCAUUGGUAAUUUCGGUGAUCGCUAUUUUGGUACCGAACCGUCUGAUGACUAUCUUUAGCCAUUUAGCUUAAGUAACUUAAAAUAAUUCGAGAAAAAUAAAUAAAAUAUUUAAAAUCUAAA